CAACGGCGAGGAGUCGUACAAGCUCCUCAAGCUGCUGAAGCAAGACCACCGCCCUCUCCUCGACCUCACCUCCGAAUUCACCUCUACUUUCUCCCCUUCCCUCCAUUUCCCUCUCUGCACCUCCCUCUAUCUCAUCCUCGAGUGGACAGGAGGUCUAGUAGAGUCGGGGAAGAAAAGGUCACGCUUUUUUUUUUUCUCCCCCCUACGGCCACACCCCAUUCAAAUCAGGAAUUGGGUCUGCAUACAUACUAUUGGGAAGAAAAUGGUUGGGAAGGCCUGUGAUGGAGCUGAACAGUUGCUGCUGCUGCUAUAGCGAUUAACGAGCUGGCAGCCCCUGGUUUCUUAUCUUUCGAGUGUUGGGAGCGCUCCGUCUCUUCAUUAUCCUCUCUCCCUAUCUUCACUUUUUACUUAUUUAUAUUUAUUUUUUGUCUGGGAUAAUCAGCUUCAGAUGGUUUGUUGCUGAUUCCCUGGCUAUGGAAGUGAACUGCGGAACUUAUGAAAGAUUACUGGCUGGCACCAAAGGGAAGGACAAGUUGAUGCUCACUGCUCCUGAGCGCUUGGUGGCAUUCACUGUUCUACAUCAGACUUAUGCCUCUCCAUCUUCUUCUAUGAAUCCAUUCAUCCGUUUCAUUGUAAAUGCGGCGUGCAAUGACGGUGCUGAAAAUUUUGAGAGGGCCUUUAUUCUCCAGUUAUUGAGAUCCUCUGACUCAAGUAGUAGUAAAGAGUUUCUUAAACAGUCUGCGGCAGAUUAUAUCAAAGGUUUUGAUCCUUCAGCGCAAACAUUUCCGCAAAUUGAUCAGUUGCAGCAACAGUACUGUAAAAAUGCUCAUCCCGAGCCGUAUAACUGCUUAUUUAAGGAUAUGCCAGUGAAGAAUGUGGUUUCAGACCCUGAUGUACCUUCUAGUUGCAACAUAAGUUCACCCGAGUUUGAUUUGCAACCUGGAGUCCAGCCCAAGAUUGGAUCUGGAGACAAAGAUGAAACAGUUGCAGGUUUACUAUCAAAUUUAACUCUAGAAGGAAUAGGUCCACAAUGGAUCAGACCUCGGCCUCCGAGGCUCCCUAUACAGGAUGGAGAGCUAGUGUGGCUAGUCCCUGGCAACAAUCACGAGCUUCUUUGGGAUUCUGGUAUGUGUGCGGAUACUAGCCGAGGAGCAGCCAUAAGAGACCUAAUUGCUAAAGCUACGAAGAGCCCCCUUGUGCCUGCACAGCAAGAGAAAGUAGUGAUGGAGCUGGCAAAUGAUCCCAAGCUUGUAUACCACUGCGGAGUGACACCAUCAAGGCUACCGGAGUUGGUGGAGAAUAAUCCUCUUAUUGCAGUUGAAGUUCUAACCCGGUUGAUCAAUUCCCCCGAAAUCACAGAAUACUUUACGGUACUUGUUACUAUGGAAAUGAGUCUACAUUCCAUGGAAGUUGUGAACAGGCUCACGCAAGCAGUGAAAUUACCUUCGGAUUUUUUGCGGUUAUACAUAAGUAACUGUAUAACAUCCUGUGAGAGCAUUAAGGAUAAAUACAUGCAGAACAGACUAGUGAGACUUGUCUGCGUUUUCUUACAGAGUCUGAUUCGGAAUAACCAUAUCGAUGUGAAAGAGAUAUUGAUAGAAGUCCAAGCUUUCUGCAUCAAUUUCUCUCGAAUUCGGGAAGCUGCUGGGCUAUUUAGGCUGCUUAAAACCAUGGAAGGAUAGAUCGACCCAUCAUCCUUCAUACGUGAAGGAAAUCUUUUUUCCUUUUCUCUUUUAGGCACCUGUUACCUGUUCCUGCAAAUUUUAAUUUUAAUUUUCCAGUGUCCAGUGUUCUUGUAGAUAUAUAUAUAUUUUUGGGUUCUUUUUUCUUUUGCUGCUUACUUGAUGAGUUAAAUUUUAAUUGAAAUGGGAGCCCAAGGGUGUACACACAUUAUAGAACGUGUAGAUAAUAAUGUUGUUCUGACUGCCUUGUGCUGUUUCGGGAAUAUGAAAUAUGCAAUGUAUGAGGAGGAUAUUUGGCAUUUC